GUCUUUGAAGAGUGAAUGGGGUGUCAAAGAGGGUCACAGCAGGUCCACCAUCCAGAGUUCUUCCACUACCAUGUCUACUCCAGAGGUACCUGCAGAAGACUGCUCUCUCCUUGGCUCAACGCAGCAGUCGAGGUCUGGGGAGGCAGAAGGCUCAUCACUGAAAGCAAAAGCAACAAAUGACCAGUCAGGAAGCAUUCAAGAACUGGAAGGGGGAGACAAUGGAGAUGUUCUGAGCCUGAUCCAGCGACUAGGCCUGGACCGGUACUACCCUCGGAAGAUGGGCAAAGCAGAUUUCCACCUGAUUUACAAAGCCUCCGUACAUGACAGUCAGCCCCAAAGUGACCAGGAAUUACCAUUUUACUUCCUGCAAAAGCUGCUGAUGCUGGACUAUCGGCUGAGGUAUCUGGUCCACGAGGACGACGGGAAGACAGCCCUGACCAUAACUGAGCCCCUGAGUCCCUCGGGGCAUGGGAGUAACUCCUCAGACCUCCUAGAUGACUUCUUUAACAUUACUGAGACACACCUGGCUCCCUCUGACAUCACUCAGACACAUAUUCAUCCAAUGGACGUCCAGAUGGCAAUUUUCCAUUGUGCAGAUGACUUCAUGCGGCAGUAUAUUUCAACCAAACUUUCCGUCUGUCAAUUUGCUCUUCCAUUUGUGGUCCCUAAUCCCUGUUCUUUCCAAAUAGAAUUCCCUCUCUGGUCUCUGCGCCAAGUCAAGAAGAGCUGGCGACGGGUGGAGAAACUGGGGGAAGAGAAGAAGAUGAAAAAUUACAAUGGCAAACUGAUCUGUGAAACGGCCACCCCGAUCGUGUCCUUCCUGAGGGUUGGAAAUUCCUUCUCCUCCUCCAAGUCCCAGAUCCUAAACUCACUGCUGAGUAAAAAGAAACAUGACAUAUUUUUCCAUCGUCACUGCCGGGGGAGCAGCAAAAAUGUUCUCCUGAUGGGAGGUGUGGUGGAAGUCUGCUGGUACUGUCCCAGAGGGAAGGAUGAUGACAGCUUUGAUAACUGCAUCACGUUCACCAAUCUCCAUGGAGACGCCAAAGAGCAUGAGGCCCAGCUCAGGUUCCUGCAGGAUAUCUCUUCGGUCACUGUCGUGCUCUUGUCAGCUUCUGAGCAAGGUGAGAGGAACAGACAAGUCAUCCGUGAGCUUCUGCAGUCACCAAAACCUUUAAUCUGCCUGUGUGAUGACAGAGAGAAGAUUGCUGGUGGUAACUGUGGCCUCAAAGUGAGAAUGGGGAUGAAGAACCGAAAUGAAGCAGAGGUAACGGAGGAACUGAGAGCCACAAUCACAUGCCUCCUGGAGGUUCAGGGAACACCCCUCAGUUCUGUUGAAUGUGCUGAGAUUGCACGCCAGCACGGGUUCUCUGUAGAUGAGGAUCGGAAGGAAUGCAAGGAGGCUGAAAUGCUGGCCCAGUCACUGGUGUCUCUCUUGACAAAAAACAAGUUGACAGCGAUGAAGGAAAAGUUCCUGUCCCUCCAAGGAGAAUUAUGGCACCGGUGGUGUAAGAGGGAUAGGGAACUCAGUCACCUGCAUGCGAAAGGCAACAAAAACAUCGAACAGCACAGGAGUGAGAUUGAGUCGGAAAAGCAGGAAAUUCGGAGAACUCAAUGGCAAACAGCGUUUCCCCUCAAUGCUCCCAUGAGGUCUGUGGUUGAUGUCCUCCAGGCCCCAUCAGAGACAAACAGCAAGCUCUACUUUCUGCAGUGGCUGAGCAUCUUUCUGGACAACUUGACUGCAAGCCACCUGGAAGGCCUUCAACAGAAAUACGAUGGACUCUGGUCCCAAGUGAUUUUUGCAGAAAAGCGAAAAGGGUCAGUCAGUGAUUCAGUAAAGUACUUACAAAGUGAAUUAGAAAUCAUAUCAAAGGAGAUAAAUGACUCUACAAUUGGGAUUGAUCACUUUCUGAGAGAGAUUGGACAGAUUUAUGAAGCUACAGAUGGACAUUCACUUGAAAAGGACACAUUGAUGCUUUCGCUUCCCCAGAUUGCUGCAAACCUGUUGGCUGCUGGGUACCCCAUUGAGCUCAUGGAUGGGGAUGCUUCCUACGUGCCCCUGAAAUGGGUGGCAGCUGUUUUGAACAGGUUAACUGAAACCCUGGGAGACAAAAGGCUGUUUGUGCUUUCCAUCCUAGGGCUUCAGAGCAGCGGGAAGUCCACACUGCUGAACGCCAUGUUCGGUCUGCAGUUCACUGUCAGUGCAGGGAGAUGCACCCGGGGAGCCUAUAUGCAUCUCCUCAAGGUGGAGGAGAAGGUCUGGGAAGACCUUGGGUUUGACUAUUUGCUCGUUGUGGAUACCGAAGGUCUCCGGGCCCCAGAGCUCAGCAAUAAAUCACUGAAUCAUGACAAUGAGCUGGCGACCUUUGUCAUCGGCCUCGGUAACAUGACCGUGAUCAACAUUUUUGGAGAGAAUCCUUCUGAAAUGCAGGACAUCCUGCAGAUCGCAGUCCAGGCCUUCCUGAGAAUGAAGAAAGUGAGACUUUCCCCCAGCUGUGUGUUUGUGCAUCAGAAUGUGGGGGAGAUCACAGCCAAAGAUCGGAAUAAGGAAGGACGCAGAAGGCUGCAGCAGAGACUGGAUGAAAUGGCCGUGGCCGCCGCAGAGCAAGAACAGAGCUCCGACAUCACACGGUUCAGUGAUGUGAUCCGGUUUGAUGUGAACACCCACGUCCAUUAUUUUGCUCACCUGUGGGAGGGGAAUCCCCCCAUGGCCCCUCCCAAUCCCAGUUACAGCCACAACAUUCAGGAUCUGAAAAGCUGGAUUCUUAAAGUGGCGAAAGAAGAAUCUCAAGGCCGCAUCUUGCGGCUGUCAGUCUUGAAGGACCGCAUCCAGGAUCUGUGGAGAGCCUUGGUAAAUGAGAACUUCAUUUUCAGCUUCAGGAACACUCGGGAGAUUGUGGCCAUGAGCAAGCUGGAGGCGAAGUAUAACAGCUGGACCUGGCAGUUGAGGAGUCAUAUAUUGGCCUUACAGAAUGAACUGAACAACCGGAUUCAGAAUGGAAAAUUCAAAGACCUCACUGUUUGUCAUCUCGAGAAUCCAGUAUCAGAGAAAUACAUGGCUAUCCAGCAAGAUCUUGAAAAGUAUUUCAGCGAAGAUGAAGAUAGUGAAAUAUUGAUUCAGUGGAAAGCAAAUUUUGCAAGUAAACUGCAGAUGCUUAAAGAGACACUUGUCUCAGAAACAAAAAGAAAAACUGAAGAGCUCAUUGCCUUUAAAGUCAGUCAGAAUGAAUUGGACAAGAAAAAAUCCGAAUAUGAGAAUGAGUUGCUGGGCAGGAGCAGAGAGCUUGCUCUCUUAUUACGAGAUAAAGAAUUACAUGAGGAGGAACUGAGAGUGAGGUUUGAUGAUGUCUGGGCAACGUGGGUAACAAAAUUGUCCUCAAAUCACCCUCCUGCCACUGAUCCCAAAAUUGACUUGGAUUUGGAAAACAUCCUCUUUAACCACUUUAAACAGGAGCACAAUAUUGUGGACAAAAUCCGUGGUAUUUCCAGCCAGGAAACAUUUUCUAUGAACUAUUCCAAGUAUGUAAAAACAAAUAAGAAAUAUUAUGUUUUUGACCAUAAAUUAGAGGAGGAUGAUAAAAUGAACAUCAAUCAAACUACACAGCAAAUUAAGGAAGCUGUUAAUGAGAUCAUUGAUACCAAAGAGAAGCUGAGGGCAGGCUACAGUUCCAGUUACUUCCAUGAAAUAUUGAGAACAAUAGACACAAAAGUAGAGUCUGCAAAAAGUGAAAAAUAUACUUUUACAAACCAGUACAAACUUGAUUUGUCCUUGUAUCUAUGCCAUGGAGCAGAAAAGAGAUUCUGGAAUAUGCAUGAGGCAUUCACCACAGCAAAUCAUCCUGUCAACUACCUAGAAAGUAAGAAAGAGGAUUUCUUCAUGAGUUUUAAGAUUUCCUGCCAAGGAGCCAUCUCCAUCAGAGAUGUUGCUGAUUUCUUGUGGGAUAAAGUAUCUUCUGCUAUGUUUAGUGCAGUCUGGAACAAGACAGCCAUCGAUCUCGCUGAUGACAUGAGGUCUAACACUCCGGCCUUCAAUGGUAACAGAUCUAACCUGGAGAGAUACAUUCUGAUCUCACUGGCAGAAGACGAAAACUUUGAUAACUACCAUCGGUACAUUCACUUUCCCAGGGACUAUUUCAAAAGCUAUAUAAAGAAACAGGUUGAGAAUUUUUGCUCAACCCAGAAAUGGGAAAAACUAAAGCAUUUUGUAAGAUGCAGUUCUGAGAGUUUCAAGGCAGACAUUCUUACAGCUAUUCAUGAAUCAACUGUUGCUACCAAAACGGGGAAUGGGUCUGUGUCCAUGUGGCUGGAUGAAUUUUGUCAACACCUUGGGCAUCGCUUAACCCUUCCAAGAGGAGACCUGAAAAGCAUCGAACAUCAGGAAAUCAAGGACAUCGAAUUUCUCAAAGAGGCAGUGAUCAGAGCUGUGGAAGGGCCCCGGUCUCCCACCCUGCAGACCAGUGAACUAGACUGGGCUGGCACGGCUAUGAAAGAAGUGGUCCCAAAGGUCCAGAAGAUGCUUUCUGACCAGCUCUCUGGCUGUUGGAAGCAAUGUCCCUUCUGCAUGGCGAUCUGUACCAACACAGUUGCUGGUCAUACUGGGGACCACAGCGUCCCCUUCCAUCGCUCCAAGGCAGUGAAUGGUUGGAGUUGGCAUAAAACGGAUAAUUUCUCAAUAGAUUUUUGUACCUCUGCAGUAGCAAGUGAUAAUUACUUUCUGCUUAACGAUGGCCGAAGCUUCCCAUACAAGACAUAUCGCCUGGCGGGAGGGGAGCAUGCCACGUGGAGUAUCACUCCAGACAUGGAUGACAAACCCUACUGGAAAUGGUUUGUGUGCCGCUUCAAGGACCAGUUGGAAGAGAAGUAUAAUAAAAGAUUCAGUGACAAAGGAGAAAUCCCUCAUGUGUGGAGAAAAAUUCACAAGGAAGAAGUGAUUGCUGACCUGAAAAAACUAUAAGUCCUCAAGACUCUUCAGUACUUAUUGUCACAUUCAAAUAGAUCUAUAUAUCUAAAAAUGUAAACUUCAAUCGAUCAGUAGUACAUAUUUUGGAAGUGAACAGAGAUUCUACUAUUUUGUUUGAUUAAGAAGCAAAUAAAUUCUUUAUUCCAGCAACUGCAAGGGUGGGGAGAAAGAACGCAGAGUGUUCCCUGUUAGAUGUGUUCUCCCCCGCUGAAGGAAGCAAGCAGAGAGCUUUUAUAGACCCAAACAAACAAGUCUUCCCAGGAAUGUGGGGUUACAAGCUAAAAGAAGCAAAUAGUUACAAGGAAACAGAUACAGAUUCAGAUAACACAGGCAUAAUCCUUAUCGUUGUUCUUGUCAAAUAAUGGACAAAUAAUAAUCCACCAUUGCUCAUGUCAAAUAAUGGACAAUUAGAAUGUGGAAAGACAAAAUCGAUUCAAGGGAACAAAAUGGAGUUGGCUCAGACUUACCCACUUCUACAUUAUCAGGCACCUACUGACUAUAAAGCACUGUUCUAAAUUCUUGGGAGAAUACAAAACAUUCCCUGUCCUCAAGGAGCUCACAACUAAUGGAGGAGACAGGGGUUUUUUUUCAAAUAAUAUGAUUGGGGAAGGUAUAAAAGAAAGUAGUUCAAGUAUUUCAGGAUGAAAUAGCAGAAUAAGUAAAUGAAUAUUCAAAUGAGAAUCUAAAUAAAAAUAUACAUAGAUUGUAG